AUGGACUUCGGCGCCGACAUGGACGACUUCUCGCUCCAGUACAUCCACGAGCAGCUGCGGCUCCAGCUGCUCGGCGCCGACCCCUGCGGCCUCCUGCCCCUCCCCGCGGCGGACGACUUCGCCGCGCACCCGGACUUCAUGCCCGCGGACUUCCUGCCGCAGCCGCUCCCCGCCUUCGUCGACCUCACGGCGACCGACUACGCGGACGCGGCGGCGUACCGCGCCGCCGCGGAGCCGGUCAUGAUACGGUUCGGCGGCGAGGCGUCCCCCGUGUCGUCGGACCCCGCCCGGAGGCCGUCGCUGACCAUCUCGCUGCCCCCGGCCUCGCACGGCUGGGCGGCGCCGGCGCCGGUGCCCGCGGCGGAGGCCGCCGCGGCCGCGGACGCCAACGACUUCCGCAAGUACCGCGGCGUGCGCCAGCGGCCGUGGGGCAAGUUCGCGGCGGAGAUCCGGGACCCCAACAAGCGCGGCUCGCGCGUGUGGCUCGGCACCUACGACACCUCCAUCGAGGCCGCGCGCGCGUACGACCGCGCCGCCUUCCGCAUGCGCGGCGCCAAGGCCAUCCUCAACUUCCCCAACGAGGUCGGCUCCCGCGGCGCCACGGACUUCGUCGCCCCGCCGCCGCCGCCGUCGCAAACCGCGCGCGCGGCGCCCACGUCGCAGAACAAGCGGAAGCGGCAAGAGGCGGCCGAGCCAUGCGUCGAGGUGGUCCGGGAUACCACGAAACACUGCAAGGCCGAUGCGUCCGCGUCGCCGGCGUCGUCGCUCACCUCAACGCCGACCUCGACGGUGACGUCCUGCACCACCACCCCGUCCUCGUCGGAUGCCGGCGGCAACUACGAGAUGUUCCCGCUGGCAUCACCGACUAGCUGGACGUGGGAUCAGCUGCUGGCCGAAGGGAUGUUCGGCAGCCUGUCGCCGCGCCAGCAGCUGGGUAGCUUCCCGGAGGUGACCGUGAACUGA